UUUAACACUACCCACUGCCAAGUACUGCAAAUUACUGCGAAGAUGUCUAGAUUCAUAUGAGUUUGAUGGUUGUACUGAUUGGAACACUGGUCUGUAGAUAUAAUUGUGUAGGACUGGCCAUCAUUGCACAAGUAAUUUCUUGAUUUGUGUCCCAUUUGUGAGAGUAUAUCUUCCCGACCUUCUGGAUUUCAAUAGCACAAGCAUUUAGAGCUAGAAUCCUAUGUGAGAGGACCCUCUGUGGACAGGCAACUCUAAAAAGACAAAGAUUCUGUAGCAGGUCAUCUCAGGUCAUCUCGGGUAGUUGGUGAUUAACAAGGGGUCCAAAAUGUCCUCAGCUGGGUCCCAUGACCUUCGCUCCAGUUUGCACCCCUAAUAGUCAACUUGGUAAAACAUUUCUCAGUCUUUGCAAAAAGGAUCCAGCAACACUCUCAAGUAUGCUUGGGAGCCACCAACACCCAGUGGUGGAGGAGUUCAAUCCACUCUAUAGAGAAACUUCAGAGCAGUACAUGAUGGUUGGCCAUUCUCCUCCUGCUGACCCCUACUUCAUUUCUCGACCCAUCUACUCCAAACGAGCCUUUGAUGAGGAUCAUGAGAGACAGAUGCUGGAAAGCAGAACCUUCAGGGAGAAACUCAGCACUUCCUGCAGUUGCUCUAGUAGCCAGGUCAAACCUGCUCUUAAGGGACUUUUCCCAAUCCUGGACUGGCUGCUCAAGUAUCCAGUAAAGCUGUGGCUUCCUAGUGAUAUCAUAUCAGGAGCCAGCACAGGAUUAGUGUGCUGUUUACAAGGCUUGGCUUAUGCAUUGCUGGUGUCUGUUGGUCCUGUAUAUGGUCUCUAUGCUGCUUUCUUCCCAAUCCUCACCUACUUCUUUCUGGGAACCUCUCGACACAUAUCUGUGGGUCCAUUUCCAGUCACCUGCCUGAUGGUGGGCUCUGUGGUUUUGACACUUGCUCCCGAUGAGCAAUUCAUUCGUCCUGGGAAUGGGAGCACUGUAAAUGGGUCAUGGGUGGGCACAGAGGAAGUGGACGUUAAUGCAAUGGAAGCCCAAAGAAUUGCAAUAGCCUCAACUAUGACUGUACUAAUUGGAUUGUUUCAGCUGGCAAUGGGAAUGCUUCAUGUGGGCUUCUUGGUGCGCUACCUGUCUGAUCCGCUGGUAGGAGGCUUCACCACGGCGGCUGCUUUCCAUGUGUUCAUCUCUCAACUCAAAAUGGUUGUGUCUGUUCCCACCCAUAGUCACAAUGGCUUCUUCUCAAUUGCCUAUACUCUCAGUGAUGUGUUUCUCAAUAUUGAGCAAACCAAUAUGGCUGACCUGGUUGCUGGUUUACUGGCCAUAAUUAUAGUGGUGGUAGUGAAAGAGGUCAACACCAAAUUUCAGCAUAAGAUUCCAGUGCCAGUCCCCAUUGAAGUGAUUGUGACAGUGAUUGCUACAGGAAUCUCCUAUGCAGUGGAUCUAAAAUCCCACUAUGGCGCCAAUAUUGUUGACAGUAUUCCAAGAGGGUUUGUUCCAGCACGCUUUCCACGUAUAGAGCUCUUUGGCGAUAUUGUUGGCUCCAGUUUUUCCACUGCAGUGGUGGGAUAUGCAGUAUCAGUAUCAGUGGCUAAAGUCUAUGCAACAAAGCAUGAUUAUAAAAUUGACGGUAAUCAGGAAUUGAUAGCCUUUGGAAUUAGCAACAUUUUCUGUGGCUGUUUCUCAGGCUUUGUGGCCACCACUGCUCUCUCACGUACAGCAAUACAGGAGGGCACUGGGGGCAAGACUCAGGUAGCAGGAUUGAUCUCAGCUCUGAUGAUGCUUAUAGUAAUCAUGGGCCUUGGGCCUCUACUCCAACCACUGCAGAAGUCAGUGUUAGCUGGCAUUGUCAUUGCCAACCUGAAGGGCAUGUUCAUGCAACUCAACGAUGUGCCUAUAUUGUGGAGGCAGAACAGGACAGACUGUUAUAUUUGGGUGUUUACAUGCAUUGCCUGCAUCGUGCUGGGGCUGGAUGUGGGUUUGCUGACCGGCAUAGUGUUUGAGCUGGGAACCGUGGUGGUCAGGACACAGUUCCCUUCUUGUUCGACCCUUGGGAAUAUACCAGGCACUGAUAUCUACAGGAACAUGAAAGACUACAAAAAUAUUAACGGGAUUUCUGGAAUAAAGAUUUUCAAAUGCAACUCGCCCAUAUAUUUCGCCAACAUUGACUACUUCAAAGAGCAGUUACGAGAUAGUGUGGGAUUUGAUGCUGUGCAGGUCUUCAAGAAGAGGAACAAAGCAUUAAAGAAGAUUCACAAACUAGUUAAAAAGGGGACUCUGAAAUUCACAGAGAGUGGCUUGGUGUCAGUGGAUCCUCUAGGUGUGAUCAAUGAGGGGUUUGAGAGUGAGCGAGACCCUGAGCAGGUGGAAGGUGGACCACAGGAAGUGGAGGAUGGAGCUCGAACAGACAUGGACGUGGAGGCACAAGUGGACUGGACAUCUGCACUGCCUGUCAAUGUCACAGUCCCCAAAGUCAACAUCCACAGCUUGGUGAUGGACUUCACUGCUGUCUCCUUCCUGGAUGUGAUGGCUGCAAAGUCCCUCAAACUGGUCAUAAAGGAAUUUAUACGGAUUGGCGUCAGCGUCUAUAUUGCCGGCUGUGAUGAUGAUACUGUCAGGAGGAUGGAGGCCCUGUGUUUCUUUGAUGAGGUGGUGACCAGAGACCUGCUCUUCCUCUCUGUCCAUGAUGCCGUCCUCUUUAUCAAGCUGGAAACCUCCACUGGGAGUAUAUCAGACCCGAUGGCAGAUAAGAUAUCACAGAUGCAGGAUGACAAGGCGCCACCACCAUUCACUGAAGAUGAAAACCAGAUUGAGACCUAUGACAACCAGCACCUGGCUAUUCAUGAACUCUCAGUCUGAGUUUGAGCAAAUUACUUGAGUUGUUGGACUCAUUGACGAAGAAGAUGCACUCUUCCUACUGACUCAUGCUAUCACCAAACAACAACAAGUAUAGGUCCUUAUACUAAACUCUCAUUUGCCUUGUAAAUUAAUGUUGUAACUAAUUUCAUUGUGCAUUACAAACUGUUUGAGCUGAAACAGCAAAGGAAACAAAACACAAAAAAGGCCAGACACAUUCAAGUGUCUUAAGGAGGAAUGCUUGCUGACGACACACUAGAGGAUGUUCACAUAAACACUUGGCUUCCUAUCCUGUCAUACCCUUCGAUGGUGAGGAGAUGGACUGAGGACCUUAAAUGAACCCAGGAGAAGUGAAACUUUCCAAAAUAAAAAUUUGAAAGCCUUUCUUUUCAUCACUGUUUUCUUUGGUUGACAAACAAAAUUUUGGUCUCAUGUUGCCUUGUAUUGGAACAUAAUGCCCAUGGAUAAAUCCCAGAUUAUCUACAUGAACAAUAAAUAUAUGUAUUAAUAUCUACAUGAAUUAAAGGAUGCUUUAAAAUAUUCGUUUUGGC